AUGGAUGCAUUGAAACACUUUCUUAAGAAACGAGGUCUUAAGGUCUCUGGAAGGAAAGAAGAGUUGGUUGCCCGUGUUUUCCCUGCUACAGAACAAAACAUGCCCGUUUGUUUGGAUGCUGCCUCCCGGGUUGCUCAGACGCAACGUGAAAGAGAGAGUCUUCUCAAAACUCCUGAAGGCGUGUUACCGGAUCCUAGUGAACUUCAUAAUGGAUGGAUAGGUGAACUUAACGGGAUGAACAAGUGGCCACCUAUACUUCUCAGUGAUAUUACUUUGUACAUAAUGAAGGAUCAUCCAGGGAACGAUAUUUCCCUUCAAAAACGUCUUCUGAAUGAGUAUAAAGAGGGAAAAGCCUAUCGCUUAUAUUCUGCUGGAUGA